GUUCUGGGUGGUCUGGAGAUUUGUGCAGCUUGUACCUGCACAAAUCUCCGGACCACUUAGUCUUUAAAUGGAGAAAACCUGUUCCUCCUUGAAAAGGACUUUAAUUUUUUUCUCAGAAGUCUUCCAAUCCAAGUAAUAAAAAUGACAAGAUCAUAAAAGUAAUAACAAAUAAUUAUUUAUGAAAUCUAAGGUGUCAUCAACUAUAGCUGUGCCACUAUUUUUGCAUCUCUAAGAAAAAAUGCUGAUUAAACUGAUCAGUGCUUAUUACAAACUUUUCUCACAUGUCACUCGUGUGCCAUGUAAAAUAAUUUUUCCUUAAAUGCCAAACAUAGUAUAAUCUUUUAAAAGACAUUUUUAAGUGGCAUUUAAAACAUAUAAUAAUAGCUGUGUGCUGUGGCUCAAGCCUGUAAUCCCAGCACUUUGGAAGGCUGAGGCAGGCAGAUCACGUGAGGUCAAGAGUUCGAGACCAGCCUGGCCAACAUGGUGAAACCCUGUCUUUAGUAAAAAUACAAAAAUUAGCCGGGCAUGGUGGCACAUGCCUGUAAUCUUAGCUACCUGAGAGGCUGGGGUAGGAGAAUGCUUGAACCAGGGAGGCAGAGAUUGCAGUGAGCCGAGAUUGUGCCAUUGCACUCCAGCCUGGGCAACAAGAGCGAAACUCUGUCUCAAACAAAACAAAACCAUGUAGUACCAUCAAAUACUUGUAACUGAGUUAAAAUGACAAUAUCAAUAACUUAUACUAAAUUCAACAUGUACAGGCAAUGUGACUAUCUCUCAACCAUUUGGCUGAGAACAAUUGUAAGAUAUCAGAGGCAUAAAUAUGGGAGGGGAAAUGUAUAUGUUGGAAUUAAUGCAUUGCUGUAUGGACUUAACUAAUUUCAAAAUGUUUUUACACAUGAUUACAUUUAAUCUUCCCGGCAAUCCUGAAAGUAGAUUGUAACUUCUUUCUAGAUAAGGAAACUGAGGCUUAGAGAAAUUAAGUCACUUGCCGGAGAUCACAGUUAAUAAGCAGCAAAACUGGGGCUUAAAGCCCAGACUUUCUGCUCUAUCCAAUUGUUUCAGCAUUUGACCUUAUCCACGGGGAUCCUGUUGUUAUAUCAGAGCAGAUGACUGGAAUGGCUGCAGAAGUGAGGUCUGCUCUGAUUUACAGCUUCUUCUGAUAGAGUUGAUUAAAAGCAACUGCUGGCAGAAAUAGGUACCAGAAAGCAGCUGAAGAAACAAACAUGGAGAAGAAGAGAAGUAACACCGAAAAUCUCCCCCAGCACUUUAGAAAGGGGACCCUGACUGUGUUAAAGAAGAAGUGGGAGAACCCAGGGCUGGGAUCAGAGUCUCACACAGACUCUCUACGGAACAGCAGCACUGAGAUUAGGCACAGAGCGGACCAUCCUCCUGCUGAAGUGACAAGCCACGCUGCGUCUGGAGCCAAAGCUGACCAAGAAGAACAAAUCCACCCCAGAUCUAGAUUCAGGUCACCUCCUGAAGCCCUUGUUCAGGGUCGAUAUCCCCACAUCAAGGACGGUGAGGAUCUUAAAGACCACUCAACAGAAAGUAAAAAAAUGGAAAAUUGUCUAGGAGAAUCCAGGCAUGAAGUAGAAAAAUCAGAAAUCAGUGAAAACACAGAAGCUUCAGGCAAAAUAGAGAAAUAUAAUGUUCCGCUAAACAGGCUUAAGAUGAUGUUUGAGAAAGGUGAACCAACUCAAACUAAGAUUCUCUGGGCCCAAAGCCGAAGUGCAAGUGGAAGGAAGAUCUCUGAAAACAGCUAUUCUCUAGAUGACCUGGAAAUAGGCCCAGGUCAGUUGUCAUCUUCUACAUUUGACUCGGAGAAAAAUGAGAGUAGGCGAAAUCUGGAACUUCCACGCCUCUCAGAAACCUCUAUAAAGGAUCGAAUGGCUAAGUACCAGGCAGCUGUGUCCAAACAAAGCAGCUCAACCAGCUAUACAAAUGAGUUGAAAGCCAGUGGUGGCGAAAUCAAAAUUCAUAAAAUGGAGCAAAAGGAGAAUGUGCCUCCAGGUCCUGAGGUCUGCAUCACCCAUCAGGAAGGAGAAAAGAUUUCUGCAAAUGAGAAUAGCCUGGCAGUCCGUUCCACCCCUGCUGAAGAUGACUCCCCAGGUGACUCCCAGGUUAAGAGUGAAGUUCAACAGCCUGUCCAUCCCAAGCCACUAAGUCCAGAUUCCAGAGCCUCCAGUCUUUCUGAAAGUUCUCCUCCCAAAGCAAUAAAGAAGUUUCAGGCACCUGCAAGAGAGACCUGCGUGGAAUGUCAGAAGACAGUCUAUCCAAUGGAGCGUCUCUUGGCCAACCAGCAGGUGUUUCACAUCAGCUGCUUCCGUUGCUCCUAUUGCAACAACAAACUCAGUCUAGGAACAUAUGCAUCUUUACACGGAAGAAUCUAUUGUAAGCCUCACUUCAAUCAACUCUUUAAAUCUAAGGGCAACUAUGAUGAAGGCUUUGGGCACAGACCACACAAGGAUCUAUGGUCAAGCAAAAAUGAAAACGAAGAGAUUUUGGAGAGACCAGCCCAGCUUGCAAAUGCAAGGGAGACCCCUCACAGCCCAGGGGUAGAAGAUGCCCCUAUUGCUAAGGUGGGUGUCCUGGCUGCAAGUAUGGAAGCCAAGGCCUCCUCUCAGCAGGAGAAGGAAGACAAGCCAGCUGAAACCAAGAAGCUGAGGAUCGCCUGGCCACCCCCCACUGAACUUGGAAGUUCAGGAAGUGCCUUGGAGGAAGGGAUCAAAGUGUCAAAGCCCAAAUGGCCUCCUGAAGACGAAAUCAGCAAGCCUGAAGUUCCUGAGGAUGUCGAUCUGGAUCUGAAGAAGCUAAGACGAUCUUCUUCACUGAAGGAAAGAAGCCGCCCAUUCACUGUAGCAGCUUCAUUUCAAAGCACCUCUGUCAAGAGCCCAAAAACUGUGUCCCCACCUAUCAGGAAAGGCUGGAGCGUGUCAGAGCAGAGUGAAGAGUCUGUGGGUGGAAGAGUUGCAGAAAGGAAACAGGUGGAAAAUGCCAAGGCUUCUAAGAAGAAUGGGAGUGUGGGAAAAAUAACCUGGCAAAACAAGGAAUCUGAAGGAGGAGAGACAGGGAAGAGAAGUAAGGAAGGUCCUAGUUUGGAGAUGGAGAAUGAGAAUCUUGUAGAAAAUGGUGCAGACUCCGAUGAAGAUAACAGUUUCCUCAAACAACAAUCUCCACAAGAACCCAGGUCUCCAAAUUGGUCGAGUUUUGUAGACAACACGUUUGCUGAAGAAUUCACUACUCAGAAUCAGAAAUCCCAGGAUGUGGAACUCUGGGAGGGAGAAGUGGUCAAAGAGCUCUCUGUGGAGGAACAGAUAAAGAGAAAUCGGUAUUAUGAUGAGGAUGAGGAUGAAGAGUGACAAAUUGCAAUGAUGCUGGGCCUUAAAUUCAUGUUAGUGUUAGGGAGCCGCUGCCCUUUGUCAAAGUGUGAUGCACAUAAGCAGGUAUCCCAGCAUGAAAUGUAAUUUACUUGGAAGUAACUUUGGAAAAGAAUUCCUUCUUAAAAUCAAAAACAAACAAAAAAAAACCCACAAAAAACACAUUCUAAAUGCUAGAGAUAACUUAAAUUCUUCAUUUUAGCAGUGAUGAUAUGCGUAAGUGCUGUAAGGGCUUAUAACUGGGGAAAUAUUCCACCUGAUAAUAGCCCAGAUUCUACUGUAUUCCCAAAAGGCAAUAUUAAAGUAGAUCGAUGAUUAGUAGUAUAUUGUUACACACUAUUUUGGAAUUAGAGAACAUACAGAAGGAAUUUAGGGGCUUAAACAUUACGACUGAAUGCACUUUAGUAUAAAGGGCACAGUUUGUAUAUUUUUAAAUGAUUACCAAUUUAAUUUUUUAGUAUUUACCUGUUAAGAGAUUAUUUAGUCUUUAAAUUUUUUAGGUUAAUUUUCUUGCUGUGAUAUAUAGGAGGAAUUUACUACUUUAUGUCCUGCUCUCUAAACUAUAUCCUGAACUCGACGUCCUGAGGUAUAAUACAACGGAGCACUUUUUGAGGCAAUUGAAAAACCAACCUACACUCUUCGGUGCUUGGAGAGAUCUGCUGUCUCCCAAAUAAGCUUUUGUAUCUGCCAAUGAAUUUACUGUACUCCAAAUGAUUGCUUUCUUUUCUGGUGAUAUCUGUGCUUCUCCUAAUUUACUGAAACCUGCAAUAUUUUAGUAAUACCUUUGGGAUCACUGUCGCCCAUCUUCCGUGUUAGAGCAAGUGAAGAGUUUAAAGGAGGAAUAAGAAAGAAGUGUCUUACGCCACUGGAGCUCAGACCUCUAAACCCUGUAUUUCCCUUGUGAUGUCCCCUUUUUGAGACACUAAUUUUUAAAUACUUAUUAGCUCUGAAAUAUAUUGAUUUUUAUCACAGUAUUCCCAGGGUGAAAUUAAACCAACUAUAGGCCUUUUUCUUGGGAUGAUUUUCUAGUCUUAAGGUUUGGGGACAUUAUAAACUUGAGUACAUUUGUUGUACACAGUUGAUAUUCCAAACUGUAUGGAUGGGAGGGAAGAGGUGUCUUAAGCUGUAGGCUUUUCUUUGUACUGCAUUUAUAGAGAUUUAGCUUUAAUAUUUUUUAGAGAUAUAAAACAUUCUGCUUUCUUAGUCUUGCUUAGUCUGAAACAUUUUUAUUCAAUAAAGAUUUUAAUUAAAAUUUGAA